AAGCUCAGAAGCUAUGUUGGGUGUACCGUUCAUUGAUCGGUGGCUCUCCGAAACAUUUAAACCCAAAACCUUUGAUGAUGCUGUGGACCGUCUGAGUUACGUCACCACUGCAACUCUCCUUGCAUUCUUCUCCAUUAUGGUCUCAUGCAAACAAUACGUCGGAUCAGCAAUUCAAUGUUGGAUGCCAAUGGAGUUCAAAGGCGGCUGGGAGCAAUAUGCUGAAGAUUAUUGCUUCAUUCAAAAUACGUUCUUCAUUCCGGAACGUUCUGAAAUUCCUGGCGACGUGGAAGACCGACAAAAAGCAGAAAUCGGAUAUUAUCAGUGGGUGCCUAUUGUGCUCGCCAUUCAGGCGUUCAUGUUCUAUCUUCCCUCCUGGAUUUGGUCGUCUUUGUACAAGCAAUGCGGUCUUGACUUCCCAUCUGUAAUCAGUGAAGCCGAAGCUCUUCGGUCUCAAGACUCAGAGACGCGUACGAAGGGAGUCAAUAAACUGGUGGAUUUUAUCGGGGAUAUUCUGGACACCCGUUCCAAGAACGAAUACGGUCGAUUCUACUGCUACAGAUUUGGAAAAGGGCUCGGAUCAAUGACAUCUAUGCUUUACAUCUGUAUCAAACUUAUGUACCUCGCCAACGUCUUUGUUCAGUUCAUCAUUCUCAACAAGUUCCUCGGAAACGAGACUUUUCUCUGGGGAUUCCACACGUUUGCCGAUCUGUAUGCAGGACGUGAAUGGCAAGAUUCUGGAGUGUUUCCACGUGUCACACUUUGCGACUUCUCUGUCAGAAAGCUGGCUAACGUGCAUCGUUACACAGUCCAAUGUGUGCUCAUGAUCAAUAUGUUCAACGAAAAGAUCUACUUGUUUAUCUGGUUCUGGUUUGUCUUCGUACUCAUCACCACCUUUAUCAACACCCUGUGCACCAUCUACCGCUUGAGUUUUGAUAGCUCCCGCCACAACUAUAUCAGAUCUCUUUUGAGUGGACCAGUAAACAAUUUCAAGGACGAGAAGGCAAUGAUUGCAAGCUUUGCCAACAACGGACUCAAGCAAGAUGGUGUGCUCCUUAUGAGAUUUAUUGACGAUCAUGCAGGAGCAAUGGUGACCAAAGAAAUUUGCGAGGAGCUCUUCAAGAAGCACGGUGAAAACCUUCAACACAACCGCGACUUCCACCAUGGCCAUUCCACAAAAUCAACGUCUCCAGGACUUGAAGAAGGGCACCACGAGCAUCUCUAUACUCCAGAGAAAAUGAAACUAAUGGCUCCAGACUAUCCAAUCAAGCAUGCUUGAACUAUUUAACCACAAACCUCUCUCAAGGACCUAAUUCUCAAAAUUCAACGCCGAAUCUCACUUUCUAAAAGUCUAAUUGUUUUUCUUCAAUCGAAUGUAGAGCUAGUUGGCUACUUUGCUACGACCUUCAUUUUCCUGUUAAGUUCUUCUUGUCAUUCACAUCUUCCACUUUGUUUCAAUAAUUCAUGUCACGCUCUGUUCACCAACCAUUUUCCUUUUUAUUCGAAAUGAUUAUAUUUUAUAUAUCAAAAAUGCUCCGGAAUUCGAAUACUUUUUUCUUCUAUCACUUCGACACACUUUCAAAAUUUGUUAUCAAACAUUACGAGUUUGCGUAUACCAAUAAAACACAUUUUGGAC